ACUUCCUCUCCCUCCUCCGCCUCAACCCGCUCUCCCUCCCGCCCCUCCCGCUCCACUCCCUCUUCCGCCUCCUCCUCGUCGCCUCUCCUCCGGGCCUCUUCCGCCACACCCCGGCCUCUUUCCUCUCCAUGGCGUGCCACCUCCUCCGCCACCGCCUUCCGCACCUGGCUCAUCCGCUCCUACGCCUCCUCGCCUCCCGUCUCGGCCGCUCCUCCCCGCCGCGCGUCCUCCCUCUCCUCCUCUCCGCCGCCGCCGCCGCCCCCGGCGACCCGGCGUCUCUUUUGUCUGCACUCUCCUCGGCCUACGCCGAGGAGGGCCUCCUCCCCGACGCGUGCACCCUCGUCCUCCUCGCCCUCCGCCGUGGCAUCCGCCUCGAGCCCACCUCGUGUACUGGUCUCAUGAGCCGGUUCCCCACUGCUCCCGAAGCCUGCGCCUUCUAUCUGCAACUGCUUGACGCGGGCCUGCCCCCGGAGGCCAAGCUGUUCAACGUUCUGAUGCGUGACCUUGUCAGAUUGGGUGAGCUUGCAAGUGCACAGAACGUGUUCGACGAAAUGCAGAGCAGGGGCGUGCGGCGGACGGUUGUCAGCUUUAACACCAUGAUUUCGGGGAUGUGCAGGGCUGGUGAUCUGGACGGUGCGGAAACUCUGCACAGAAGGAUGUCGGAGGCAGGUGUCACGCCGGAUGUGUACACUUAUGGUGCUUUGAUACAGGGAUUGUGCAGGGUGGGGAGGAUAGAAGAUGCAAGAGGGGUGUUUGAGAAAAUGUGCGGGAGAGGUAUGAAGCCCAAUGCAGUUGUGUUCACGAUUUUGAUAGACGCACAUUGCAAGAAGGGUGAUGCAGAGACUAUGCUGGAGCUGCACCGGGAGAUGAGAGAAAGGGGUGUGAGGCCAGAUGCGGUAACGUACAAUGCAAUAGUCAAUGGGCUCUGCCGGGCAAGAGAUUUGAAGUCUGCUAGUGGAAUUGUGGUGGAGAUGAGGAGUGCUGGUCUCAGGCCAGACACGGUUACUUAUACUACCCUCAUUGAUGGUUAUUGCAAGGAAGAAGAGUUAGACAUGGCGAUGGAGAUUAAACAGAAUAUGGUGGCUGAAGGGGUUGGAUUGGAUGAGGUGACAUAUACAGCACUCAUAUCAGGGCUGAGCAAGGCAGGGCGAUCAGCUGAUGCCGAGAGAGUUCUGGGUGAGAUGAUGGAGGCUGGUUUGGAGCCUGAUAACACGACCUACACAAUGGUGAUUGAUGCUUUCUGUAGGAAAGGGGACGUGAAGACAGGCCUUAGACUCCUGAAGGAAAUGCAGAAUAAGGGUAGAAAACCAGGAGUUGUGACAUAUAAUGUUAUUAUGAAUGGUUUCUGCAAGCUGGGGCAGAUGAAGAAUGCAGACAUGCUUCUUAAUGCAAUGAUUAAUAUAGGUGUAUCUCCAGAUGAUAUCACAUACAACAUUCUCUUGGAUGGGCAUUGCAAGCAUGGAAAAGUUACAGAUAUUGAAGAACUGAAGAGUGCAAAAGGAACAGUGCCAGAUUUGGGUGUCUAUACUUCUAUAGUCGGUGAAAUUGUCAAGAAGAAAACAACUAAGACUUACCAUGACAGAUAACAUUGGUGGGCAAAGACAGAACUUUUCCAACAGUAAAUUCCAUUAAUCUAGUAGAUGGUACAGAACACAAUAUGAAUACAUGUGCACUGCAACCAAGGAAGACGAAUGACAUGACUGUAGUCCAAUCGGCAUGCACACGUCAUGUUUGAAUAGAGCAAGCAUGAGGAAUAAGUUGGUUUUGAAGUAUUGGCAACCUGAUUCGUUCCUUGAUUUUGUAUACAUAUAUAAUUAUAUUUCCUCCAUCAGUGCCCAUUUUUCGGGAUGCUGAGAAAUGUUUACAUGGAAAUGAGGUGCUCUGAACAAUUGGGGUUCAUACCGUACAACUGAUGCGUUCAUUACUUUCUACAGGGCUCAAAAUGAUUGUCCUGGGCUCCUGGCUGCAUGACAGAGUAACAGAGUUGCCUUCACUGAUUCACAGCUAACUCUAGCAGCUUCGUUGGAUUCAGUUCUGCCUACUGAAACUUCAGACAGGAACACAUGAGGGUUCAAAUCAUCUAGUUUGCACGGCCUUGGCCAUUCCAUAUGCCGCAGCAGAAGCAAGCGCACCGAUAAUAGCAGUUUGGACAGCGCUGAGGAAUGGACGGUUUCCAGUAAAGCGACCCUUGAUGUAUCCAAAGAAAAGUAGUGCAACCAGCGUGACACCGACAGAUGUGAGCAUGGCGUUCUGUGCUGUGGAGAUAAACAUGUAGGGAAGGAGAGGGACCAGUCCACCAAUGACAUAAGAUAGCGCAAUUGUUAAAGCGCUCUGUAUAGCUCUUUUAGGGUCUGGUUUCUCCAAUCCCAGCUCAAACCUGCAUACAUUGCUCUGCUUCUUAUAUGAGCUAUGGCAAACGCAUACAGGAUAAUCGAAACAUUUCUGAUUAGUAUCUCAGACACCAUCAGGACAUCAACAUUUGCUUUCUAGUAUAACUGAUGAAGAGAUUGACAAAGGGAGUAGCAACAGUUGGUCAUAUUACCUCAUCAUGAAGUCGAGCCAAGCUUGAGGAUUCCUACGGAGCCCGUCCACGACAGGGCCAUACUCAUGCGGUUCGAGCCCGUACUGCGACAUGAUCUCGCCAAUCUCAGCAGCCUCUGAUCGAUCAACCAGGAAACCAAAAGUUUUUUAAACAAAGUGAGGCAGCUUUCCUGCUGGUCGCAGAUGGGAGGAAUCUUAGCGACAUGUCUCAGCAUAUGGUAUCUUGUUGUAUCUGCUUAUCGGCUUACCAGUGUCCGGGACGGCGAUGAUCUCCUCCUGCUCCCUUUUCAUCUCCCGCUGGUAAUGGUCUGCCUCGCUCUUGGCCGCGAGAUACCUACCACAUGGUGCAAUUGCGGGAGUAAUCUGCAACUGGGACUGUAGGGGUGGGAGCUAGGCAAAGAACAGAGAAGGUCAGAUACGCCGUGCACAAUCUGCAGAGCAACGAACACUAUGGGCUUUCCUAAUUGAUUUUUCAUGAGGUAACAAGGCAAUAUUCAGCAAGUACACCUGUGAAUCUGUGAGUAUAUUCAGGCAGGCAUACCUAACUCCCAUUAAAACAGCCAAGAGCACGGUAACUUGCUUGCUGGCCAUUUUUUUUAUUAAUCCAUUACUCCACUUCUUAUAUUCAGCAAGUAAUAUGUUUUAAGCGCGAGCGCCUAAUACGAUUUACAACCAUCUCUCCAGUCAGUCUCCACUCUGUACUGCUUAUGCCUUGUCCACAUCUCCCCUGUUCUACAAGGUCGUGGAAAAUAUUCUAGGCUGUAGGGAAAAAAACCGUAGACAAUCUCGUUCUUUUCUCCAACAAGAGUUGGAUGAACAUUAAAAUUUUUUGGCACGUUUUUCAAAUUGCUUAACGUACGUUUCGUGUGAAAACUUUCUAUAGGAAACUUGCUCUAAAAUAUCAUAUUAAUCUAUUUUUCAAGUUUGUAAUAAUUAAAACUCAAUCAAUUAUAUGUUAAUACCAAAAGUUUUGCGUGAAAAACUUAAUCUUCAUCUCAUCUUAAGAGAUCCUUUUGUUUGAAAGAAAUUCCAUAGGAUUUUUUUAUAAAUCAUUAUUUAUGAUUUCAUAGGAUCUUGUAAAAAUCAUUGGACAAACCAAUCGUAUGAAUUGUUUCCUAUUCUCGCAGACACGUGUUAAGCGUCUCUGCAAAAGACGGAACCCGAUAAUUGUACGAGCAAAUAUAUGCGUGCAUGGCGUAUCAAAAUUUUUUGUUUCAUCAUGAUCAUACUGCAGUACAUUCCGAUUUCAGGUGAUUAAUAAAUUACUAGUAUCAUGUUAUGGGCUGUGGCCUGUGGGUCCCCGAAAGCUUUCUAUUGUAUUCACUGACAUACUACUGCACCCUGCCGCUGGGUUUCCUGUUUUGAUUAAUCAGGGAUUCAGGGGUGCAAUGCAUGGACAAGGAACACACAGAGAGAUGAUGAGUGUUUAAUGUUUACCCUCCGAGGCCCAUGGAGAUGGCGCCGGCGGCGACCUCGGCGAGGCCGGCGGUGAGCACGAGCGAGGAUGGCGCGCUGGCGCCGGAGAGCCCCGCGGCGAGGGCGAAGGGCACGGUGAGGCCGUCGGAGACGCCCAUGAUGACGUCGCGGACCACCUCCCCCGACGUGAAGUGCCGCUCCGGGUGGUGGUGGUGGCUGUGGCUCGCCGCCUUGUCCGCCAGCAGCGGCAGCCCCCCGCCGUCCGUCGCCGCCGCCAUCGCCGCCGCCGACUCGCCGAGGUAGACCGUAGACACGAAGAAGCGAGACUGGUGGAUGGAUGGAAGCGGUCAGGCGACGCACGUUUGAAGAGGUGGUUUAUUUGGAGUGCUGGACUCUCUGGCCCUGUUUAUAUAGAGAGAGGGUUUUGAGAGGCAUACGGUAUGGUCUUCUUUGGCUUCAGAACAAGAAAACGAGGCAUGGUCUUCUGAUACUGCUACUGUUUCUAUGGUGGGCCCUCGUAGUCAGGCACAGAGAAGCCAACUACGUGAAUCAUGAGACGGCAUGUGUUAUACUCAUAUCAAGUGUUAGAAAAAUCUAACUCUUCAGAUCCAAAGCAUCACAAGCCAUUUAUCUUAGAGGAACGAGUAAACCUUAGAGAAAUGUACAUAUCUAUUUCUAA